AUGGCGAGGCCCUUUCACUUGGUGAAACCUGUAUCAGCGACCCUUGUUUCUGGCAGAAACCUGUCCCAGCAGAAGGAACUGCCCAGUCAGCCUGUCCCCCCUCUGCAGCAGACCUGUGAGCUCUAUCUCAGCUAUAUGGAGCCCAUUCUGGAGGAGGAUGAGUUGAAGCAAACCAAAAAACUAGUGGAAGAGUUUCAGAAAGCAGGAGGAGUCGGAGAAAGACUCCAGAGAGGCCUGGAAAUGAAAGCAUGCAACACUGAGAACUGGGUGAGCCAAACAACUACACCAGUAGCUAUAGACACAUUUAUUGAGACAAUGGGGUCUGCUGCAAAAUUGAUAGCAGCUGGAAUGGAAUUAAAGACAAUGAUUGACAAUGACGCACUACCAGCUGAGUACAUAAAAGGGAAGCCACUGUGUAUGAAGCAGUUUCAGUAUCUGUUUUCAUCCUGCCGUAUCCCUGGUGCGACAGUGGACACCAUGGAGUUCUACACCCAGAAACACAUCACUGUAGUACACAACGGUCAGUUCUUUGUGAUGGAAGCAUACAACAGUGAUGGGAGUCCACUGACAGUUGAUCAGCUUUGUGUUCAGCUGGAGAGGAUCUGCAACUCCUCACUACAGACCAACAUGGAGCCUGUUGGAAUCCUCACCACCCAGCGUCGUGACAACUGGAACAAAACCUACAACAACCUCAUCAAAGAUGAGACCAACAAAGAGUCGGUGCUGGCUAUCCAAAGCAGCAUCUUUUCAGUGUGUCUGGAUGGAGCGAUGCCCUCAGAGUCUAAUGAGAAGUAUCGCAGUAGUUCUUUUCGUCAGAUGCUGCAUGGAGGAGGCAGCCAGCGGAACAGUGGAAACCGUUGGUUUGACAAGGGGCUUCAGUUAAUUAUUGGAGAAGAUGGGACAUGCGGUCUGAACUUCAUGUGUACAGUUGCUGAUGGUAUCGUCCACGCGUCCGUGUGUGAACAUUUUUCAGCAAUCGUGAAAAAGCCAGAGGUGAUACGGUCCCCCAUGGAGCCUUUACCCAUGCCCCAGAAAUUACACUUCAACCUCACACCUGAGAUCAAGAAGGACAUUGAGGAGGCUAAGCAGCAAAUGGACGCACUGGCUGACGAUCUGGAUCUGAGCUUUACGGGAUUUGACCACUUUGGGAAAACCUUCAUAAAGGCUCACAAGAUGCGUCCUAAUGCUUUCGUACAGUUGGCGCUGAAGCUGGCUUACUACAGGAUGUACCAGCAGAUCUGUCCAUCACUGGAAUAUGUCUCCCUGCGUGCGUUCAAACUAGGACGUAUAAGUUUGAUGAAUACAAACUCGCCUGCCUCAGCUGCCUUUGUCAAAGCCUUUGAUGACCCCAUUAUACAGAACCCAGAGAAGGUUGCUUUAUUGGAUAAAGCUUUAAAGACACAUGCAUGGUACACUGACAUGUGCCUGAGGUGCACUGACCGGGAUCAGAUACUCAAUGAGUCCCGAAGACAUCCAGUGCAGGUAGCUGGUCAUCAGAUAAAGUUUGCAUCGGACUACAGCGAGGCUACAUCCAGAAAGCACAAGCCCUGCUACCUGGUCCUGAACAGGGCGCGUAAGGCCGGUUUCCAGGCUUUUCUGCUGUACCCAGCAAGGAUCUCUCUAAAUUGGGCUGGCGAGCGCUACACGUUUGAAGAUGUUGCUAAAGCCUCUGCAUUUCUGGAUUCCGAGGCCGCAAAUGGAGCUGUUGGUGUGGAGAAAACCUGGUGCCUGAGGUGCACUGACCGGGAUCAGAUACUCAAUGAGUCCCGAAGACAUCCAGUGCAGGUAGCUGGUCAUCAGAUAAAGUUUGCAUCGGACUACAGCGAGGCUACAUCCAGAAAGCACAAGCCCUGCUACCUGGUCCUGAACAGGGCGCGUAAGGCCGGUUUCCAGGCUUUUCUGCUGUACCCAGCAAGGAUCUCUCUAAAUUGGGCUGGCGAGCGCUACACGUUUGAAGAUGUUGCUAAAGCCUCUGCAUUUCUGGAUUCCGAGGCCGCAAAUGGAGCUGUUGGUGUGGAGAAAACCUGGGUAAAGUGA